AAUUUAAUGGACCAAUCAAUUUUGAUUCGUUUCUCAAUAAAAUUCUCUAAUCAUCGAUCAAUUGAUUUUCAUAUUUCACGAAAUUUAGUAUUUCCGUUAUUUGCCAUUAUGAACACGAUGUGCCUUUUUGUCGGAUUUUUAUUGUUAACUUUAGACAUGAUUGUUCCAAGUGUUUCACAAAUACCCCAUGUAAAUAAUAACUUGUACGAAGUUGCAUUGGAGAGAGCCGCAGAAGUUAUUAUGAAUGAAUAUGACCAUAUCGGAGAAAGUCUUACAAAAAUAAUCGUUAGUGCAUACAAAUGCAUAGCAAAACCGAAACAAUUAAUCUGUCAUGAAAAGCACAUAGAAUUAUAUCAGUGUAUGCGUCCAGUACAAAAAAUAUUCGAUAAAGCGCUUGGGACGAAAUAUGAGGCAGUUGCAAGAUUGAUGAUAAACUCACUUAUUUCUGCUAAAAAUUACAUAUGUAACGCUAAGCUCAAGGAGAUUCUUGAAAUAGUAAACCCUUGUAUCAAUCUGAAUUCGGAGGCAAUCAUGAAAUGUUGGGAGAAAACGAUAGGAAAAUAUGUAAAACCUGAGGAAAUUGUCGAUAUAAAAGAUGAGUAUUGCAAGGACUUUCAAGAGACAGAAGAUUGUACUAUAGAAGUUAUGACCAAGAACUGUGAAAAUUUUUCAACUCGAGAAUCUUUAUCUAAUUUUUACAAAACCUUGUUCAUAUAUCCAUGUAGCAUCUAUUGACCACUGUAUUGAUAUAUACAAUAUAUUUAAUUUGAUGCAA